AUGACGGCCAAUUUUGCUGACAAACGAAAAGAUGUCGAGUCAAUCGACAAUAAAGACUCCGAUCAAUUUCAAGAUUUUCUUGAUAACUCGCAAUACAAACUCAAUGGAAUUCUACGAUACGAAAAGAUCUUCGGCAGAGGCUUCAUCUCUACAGGAGGAAAGACGACUACAGAAAAGAUCGUCGGAAAUAUGAACCUGAAAAAGGGUGAAAAAGUCCUGUCCGUUGGCUGCGGAAUCGGCGGCGGAGAAAUUCUCAUGGUCCAAAAUUACGGCGUCAAAGUUCAUGCAAUCGAUCUCUCACACAAUAUGCUCUCCGUCGGACGGCAACGGGCGGCGGAAAACAAUAUUUCCGACGAAAUAACUUUCGAACAUGCAAAUGCGCUCAUCCGAGAUUUUGAAGAAGGAGAGUUUGAUGUCAUCUACUCGAGGGAUUGCAUCAUUCAUAUUCGAGAGAAGGCCGAUCUCUUUGCCAGAUUCUACAAAUGGCUCAAACCAGGAGGAAGACUAGUCAUCUCAGAUUAUAUUUGCUGCCCAGACGAAGAGAAAACCGAAGAGUUCUGGACCUACCUCGCCGAUCGUAAAUACGACCUCCGCCCAAUGAACGAAUACGCUGAUUUUCUCAAGGGCGCUGGUUUUGACGUAAAAGCUACGAAUAUGUCAGAAUGGUUCAUUGAAAUUUUGGAGAUGGAACUCGCCCGUCUCGAGGAAAUCAAGGAGGACUACCUGAAAGCCCACAGCCAAAAAGACUACACUGACAUUCGCGAAGGCUGGGAAAUCAAGCUCGUUCGAUGCAAAGAUGGCACCCAACAAUGGGCUCUUUUCGAAUGCACCAAGUAG